CUUGUAAUAGCCAACGGGUGAGACGUUUUUGGCGGUUGAUCGAUCAACUUCUACCGGGCGUGUGCGGAUUUAGUACUUUCAUUCUUUAUAAGAUAAUAAUUUUCGGAAAUGCGUUUUCCACAAAACAGCGUAGUGUGGUCCGUUGCGGUUAUUGUGUAUCUUCAAACGCCUGCAAACACCCAGAUCAAUUUGUCGUCCGUUUCUUGCACUAGCAACAGCAGACAACAACGUAUUGUUGGUGGUCAAGAUACCGCCCGUGGUCAAAUUACCUACAUCGCUAGCCUCAUGAAGCGAGGAGCUCACUUUUGCGGUGCAUCCGUAAUUAAUGAGAAGUGGUUCCUCACCGCUGGACACUGUGGAUGCAACGGUCUAAACAAGCCAGUUCGCCCCAGUCAGAUAAAAGCAAUAGUAGGUUUGUAUAAGCUUUCCGAAUUUCAAAGAAAUCAAAUAGAUAACAAUAUAGGUAGCUCGUAUGAAGUAAGUAUUCAAGCCAUAAUCUUCCAUCCGGAGUACUCAUGUAGUCAGCCAUACAACGAUAUCGCCCUGAUGGAGGCUUCAAAAUUUAUGUACUUUGAUCAGCAUAUCCGUCCUAUAUGCAUUGCUAGCAAACACGAUGCUUCGGCAUUCGUGGAAGGCAAAUCUGCUAUCGUGUCUGGCUGGGGUUGGAACCAGGAAAGUCAGCGGGACGGUGAUAAGCCUGAUACGCUACAACGUGCCAUUGUGGAUGUAUUUCGUAAUGAAGACUGCGAGGGAUUCUAUCGAGAUGGUAAUCGACCGCGAGCCAUUGCCAGAACGCAGCUAUGCGCAGGUAAGAGGUCCGGUGGAGUCGAUUCGUGCUGGGCAGAUUCUGGAGGUCCGUUGGUGACCCGGGACGACGUGCUUAUAGGUAUUGUUUCCACCGGAAUAGGCUGCGCAAGGCCUGGCUUUCCGGGAAUUUAUACGAGAGUAAGUGAAUACACCAGCUGGAUUAGUGAUGUAUUGCAAAAGUAAACGUAGCAUUUCUUGUCAGUGAAAAUCUAGUCUAAUCCCUAUGGGACAAAUGUGAUGCUGUAGUUUGUUAAGUAUUCAAUGUUUUGUACAUAAAUUGAUUUGCCAUGAGG